AUGUUAACAACAACGAAGAACAAUUGGAAUAAAUUAGAACGAAUGUUCGUUCUAUGGUUUUUAAUCGUCAACGUUAUUUGCAUUAACGCGUUGUACGAUGAUAAAAUUAAUCGAAUUAAAAAUUACGACGUUGAAUCUUACAAUGAUAAUCGUACGAACGAAAGAUCUAUUUUUAAUUAUCGAAGAGCGGGUUUACGAUUGGAUAUUAAAAUAGUUACAAAUCCUACGACAAAUUUUACAGAUACAUUUAAACGCAAGAUUGACAAUUUUCCAGAUUUUCCAACAAAGGAUAUAGGUCAAUGUGUUUUAGAUCUGUCAUUGAGUUGCAUUAAGAAACGUUUUGCCAAAUUAUUCGAUAGUAUUGGUGAUUUGAAUGAGAUCACGUUGAUUGGACAAAAUGUUAAAUUGGUUAAAAUUAGAAAACCACGUGAUGAUCGUAGAUCAAUAAACAAUUAUGGAACGGAUGAAAUUCGUCGUAGUAUUGAUGAUUUUUUCGAUAGUUUUGUGUUACGUAUAACUUUGCCAAGAUGGAAUGGAAAACGUGAGAGAAGUCAAAUCGAUUUGAUGUUUGAUGAAACAUCAGGUGGACCAAUUAUCGAAGGAAGAGGAAUAAUAGGAGGAGGAGGAGGUGGAAAAGGUGGUGGWGGAAGAUGCAAAAUGAUGAUGAUGGCAAUGCUUAUGCUUGCUAAAAUGAAGAUCAUAGGUGUGAUAGGAAUGAUGGCAAUGAAAGGAAUGAUAAUGGGAGCAAUGUCAUUGAUGAUAUCAACCGUGAUGUUAAUGAUGAAAUUUUUGAAAGGUGGAGGUGGUGGUGGUGGCGGCGGUGGAGAAAUAAUUCUACUGACAAAAGUACCAAGCGGAGGAAAUGGUGGAGGUGGUGGAUACGGUGGAAAUGGUGGAGGAUACGGUGGAAAUGGAUACGGUGGAAAUGGUGGAGGAUACGGUGGAAAUGGUGGAGGUGGAGGUUAUGGUGGAGGAAACGGAGGUUACGGAGGAGGAGGUGGUGGUUGUAAUGGUAAUGGGGGAGGAGGAGGAGGAUGUGGUGAUAGUUAUAGUCUACCAGCACCCGUCUAUGGUGUACCGACUGGUGGUGGUGGUGGUUACGGAGGUGGUUGGGGUCGUAGUUUUAAUUCUGCUAUCGUAUUACCGCAACUUCAAACGAGUCGUAAUAAUAUAAAAUCAAAGAAACAUACUUCCAAUCCUACUUUGAUGAUUGAAUUAUUGAAAUCCUUUCACCAAGAACCUUGGCAUUGUGCCAUAGCCUUCACGAAUUCAUGA